ACAGAUGUUUAUGUUUUUUUAUAGUCACAUGAUCAGUACAAAAUGGCGGAACUAGACAUAAGAUUGAAGAAAGUUAACAAAAUUUAUAAAGAAGGGGUAUUCAUUUAACUAUCUUUUAAAAACUUUAUCAAUAAUUAAUUUGAUUAAAAAAUACAGUUCACAGCUCAUUUCAUCAAACAUGAAUGGAAAAAUAUAUGUCUUUUUGAGUAGCGGUGGUCAUGAAAUAUAUAAAAUACAUGCUGGAAAAUGUGGGCGUGGCUCAUCUAAUACUAAUAUUAGACUAAUAUCUAAGUUUUUUUAUCAUGACAAUUUAUAAAAUUUCAUCACAUAUGUUACUUAAAUGAUAAAUGACAUGCCGUUCCAUUAAAUAUUUGAAACAACAAAUGUAAUAGAGUGGAUGUGAUGUGUCUACUAAAACAUCCUGAUAGUUUCUUCUUCUUCUUCUAUAUCUUAAGGGCCCACGAUCAAUUUAUUGAUCAUUUUGGCAUCAUUUUAGUUGGCAUCUUUAACUUUGCUGACUUUGCUCCAAGUCCAAAGUUUGGCAUUCCUAAUACCAAUAGUACUAACGACAAUCCUCCGAAGUCCGGUCCCAAAUUAUUUCGUAUGAAAAAAAUGCAAUACACAGUGUUUGUUGUUAGAAAACAGAAGACAUGUCAGUCAUAGCUUUUGAAAAUAACUGUCACUUUAUAAACCAGUCCGUAAAUACUAAAUAUUGUAAUUGGCGCAUAGCAUUUGCAAAUACCAGCCGAAAACGUUCUGUUUGUGACUGUUGCACCACUGAAAGGCCCCCAAGUAGCUGGCAAACAUACCGUAACCAGUACCACUCUGAUAGCGGAGUCAACGUUUUGUGACAGUAUGACUGGACGUCAUGAGUUGUUUUUAUUCAUGAAAGUUUUUGAACGUCAUGAGAAGGUCAAAAUAAAGUCAGUUGUUACACGAAUCCUGAAGAGUGAGCAUCAUUCAUUUCUAUUACACAUUUCGCUUGCAUCCUAAGUCCUUCAAUAUUUUGUGUGAAUGUCUUGGUCUACUGGAUCAACAAAUUCACGCGCGUGCACAUGACAGUUUGUGCAUAAAUCCCGUUGUUGAACUGACCAACAUUUUGAUAUCCUCGCCAAAGCGUCCGUGACGAUAGCUGUCCCUGGUAUCAUAUGAUUAGUGAUAAUGCUCUCUAGUGUUUGUGCAUCUCGACGGCCGACAACCUCCAUCCAACGUCGUCCACUACCGCAAACAUGAAUUUCAAAACAGAAUGAUGCCCAAGACUUUUAAGUAGGGAGUAAUCAUUGGAAAUAAUUUGGAACCGGACUUCAGAGGAUUGCCGUACUAACCAGGGAUUUGGAGCAGACUUUCUUUAAAGCUGAGCUCUGCUUUGGAAAAAGUUUUGUUAGCUCCAGCUGUGCUCCAAGCUCUGGCAAAAUUAAAAAAUAAUUCUAUACCAAAUUUUUGGUUUGCACUUGCACACAUUAAUAGACAUUAAUCUGCAGAAAAUCUGUCUAAUCUGCCAUUUUAACAAUGUAUUGGUAUUCUGUCUUUUAAGACCAAAUUAGACACAUGGUUCUCUUUUUUUUAUCACAUGCUUAAAUUAUUAACAUUAAAUGACUUAAAAUGUGAUUCAUUACAAUGAUAAAGUAUAAAGAUUAGUAUUUUUAUAUGUGAAAGGGGUGGUUAAGUGUUUAAAUUGUGUUUGUUAUUGUCACUACCCAUCUAACUAGGCAUUAGAAAUGCAUUUACCAGGAACAUCACAGGUAAAAGGGUGGAGCAACAUAGGUGGCAGAAGAGUGAGGCAACAAAGCUGGUAUAAGACCUGGGGCAAAAUAGGUAUCAAAGAGUGAGGGAAACAGCUGUAGAAGAGUGGGGCACAUAGCUGGUAAAAGAUUGGGGCAGCAUAGCUGGCAGAAGAGUAGAGCAAACAUAGCUGGUAGAAGAGUGAGUUAAUACAGCUGGUAGAAGAGGGGAGGCAACAUCGCUAGUAAAAGAGUAGGGUAACAUCUCUGUAGAUAUGAGUGGAGCUACAUAACUUGUAUAAGAGUGUGGCAACAUAGCUGUAGAAUAGUGGGGGGGGGGGGGGGAGCAUAACUUUUAGAGGAGUGAGGCAGCAAUUUAAAUAUUUAAAUUUAAAAAAAUUAAAAUUUCAAAAAGUUCAUUUCUUAAUGUUUUGUAUUUUUUAAAUUUUAAAUCAAUUUAUUUUUAUGAACAUUUUUGGAGCUGGAAAUAGAAGCAAUAAGAAAUUUAUUGCUCUAGCUUAAGGCUAAAAGACCCUGCUCCAGAGCUCUGAGCUCCAGCUUGGAGAUACACUCAAAAUCCCAGCUUUUAACUUCCUGACUUAUCAGUGACAUGUAGUGCAAACUCAAACAGCAAAUUUACUUUGCCUAUGUUCCCCUAUUUUACCAAAUAUUUUAAUUUUGACAGAUGCAGGCAGAAUGGGGGGGGGGGGGGGGGUGUUUUUUUUUUAAAAAUUUUUUAUUUAAAUUUUCCUUUGCCUUAGAACACUAUUUCUUUUCAAUACUAUCUGUAUUAUCAUGAUUAUUAAUAAUGUUGAUUUAAAAGUAUAACAUUGAGUUGAAAAUAUCCAUAUACAAAUGUCAUUCUUUACAAGAAGAAGAACUUUAAAGAAGAAAAGUUUUUAAAAAGCACCUAGGCCAUACACAUGGAUUAAAUGUUUGAAACAAAAGAACAAAAUGGGAAACACUGAUUUUAUCUUUCACAAUAAUCAAGUCAUCACUGGAACUAGAAGGCUUAUUUUCAUACCAUAGAAACCCUCCCAUGUCGCCUUUUCUUUUUGAUCGCCAUACCCUUUAGAUCUGCACUACCCAUAAGGAUGGGAACAGUCAAGUAUUGGGGCCACAUUAAGGAAGCCACAUUUGUUGUAUUUUGACAAAUUUGCAAAAGUGUAAAAUAAAUGAAAUUAAAUAUUUUAAAAAGCCUGAACUCAAAUUUUUAGGCUGUUUAAUAUGAAAAAAUCCCAAAUUUAAGGAAUCUGGCCUGGCCUUAAAAAGGCCAGUUUGGCAAGCCUCUUUGUAACUCCCAUCAAUUACUGAUUAGUGUCACGCUACUUUAGCAUUGAACAAGAUUUGUCCAUUAUUGUAAAUAUUUUUGUAUACAUGUAUUUACAAUAAGAAUCCCUAAAUUUAGGAUGGAUUUCUAAACAGGGAUAUUUACAGAGCUGUUGAAGCUUUGGAGGAAAAAACAUAUUAAAGUACAAUAUCUCUCUGAUAAUGGUUUUUUUGUGUGCUUUAACUGCAAGUUUGAACUUUGAGCUCAUCUGCAAAUACCAGUAUAACCCACGCUGUUAUACAAAGGAAUGAACUGUUGUUGAAUAAUAACAUUAAAAACAAUUCUUAUUAUCUACUGGUAUACUAAAUAUAGAGUAGAGCGUUGAUUUUUUUUAUGUAAUGGAGUUCGGUGUUAUUUCGGAUACUGCUAUUUUCGGAUAACCAAAUACCCCAAAGAAGUUAGUGCCCCUAAUAUAAUACAUUCCUUUUUGUAUUGAUGUAAGCAUGUUGCAUUAUUAUCCAGUUUAUGAAUUAUACAGCAGGGGUAACCUGAUUGAUAACUGUGGAAUGGAUUUUUUUCUGCAAAAAUAAUUCCCGUUAAGUCUUAAAUUUUGCGGCCUUCAUCGGGGUUGCAAAAAUUUUGUUUAAUUUAUUUUCGUAAAAUAGCAACAAACUUGAAAGGUGUUGCUUUUAUUCAUCAGUGGUAUACUAGGAACAAUAUUUUACAGGUAUAUAAUUUAACAAUUUUGAAGAUCCCAUUAUCCAAGUUUAAUCACUGCACAUACUGUAGGUAUCAUUUUCGGUUCUUUGUACACAAGUUUUCUAUUCCAUACAUAUUGUAUUGCAUGCGAUAAUAUAAUAGUUAUAAAAGACAAGGGCAGUUUAGAUAAGCAAAAAUUUCGAUAAUUGGCGUUGGGAAAAGCAACGGUCUACUGAUAAUUUUCCUGGCAGGUUUGCACAAUUUUGGGUGGCAUUUAGUCAAGGUUCGCCACAGUUAACGGAAAUACAGAAAUACUGUUGAUCAUUUUAUUUCUAAAUAAUAAGUAUUCAUUAUCUUAAUAAUCUUAUCAAAUUAUAGUUUAAACAAACAGAAAAUAAUAAAACCCCUAGCUAUGUGUCUAUAUUUAUAAUCUAUAGACAAUAAUUUAUUUCUAAAUAGAGCACCUAAUUAUUUUUUGAUAAUUUACCAUGAUAAGCUAUUUAAAAAUCUUAAAAAAACAUCUUUUUAAAUUAUGCUACCUCCUUUUAGAACAAUUUUACUAUUAAUAAUCCAGGAUGUCAUUGCCGGUGUAGUAGUGGUGCAGAGCAAAGGGGAGUUACAACACCAGGGCAUUACACUGAUAAUGGAAGGCAUGGUGAACUUGCAGCUGAGUGCAAAAAGUGUCGGCUUAUUUGAGGCAUUUUAUAACUCUUUAAAGGUUUGUUUUUUAUUUGGGACUUAUGAUUUGACAUUAGGGGCCAGUAUAGACUUAUGAUUUGACAUUAGGGGCCAGUAUAGACUUAUGAUUUGACAUCAGGGGCCAGUAUAGACUUAUGAUUUGACAUUAGGGGCCAGUAUAGACAUAUGAUUUGACAUCACGGGCCAGUAUAGACUUAUGAUUUGACAUUAUGGGCCAGUAUAGACUUAUGAUUUGACAUCAGGGGUCAGAAUAGACUUAUGAUUUGACAUCAUGGGCCAGCAUAGACUUAUGAUUUGACAUCAGGGGCCAAUAUAGACUUACAAUUUGAUGUCAUGGGCCAGUUUUACUACAAGUUUUAGCAAUUAAAUAAGACACUGAUAUUCCCAUACAAUUUGCUCAUAGUAAAGCCCUUUACAUCAAGUUACUUUAAACUAUUUAAGACUUAUAAAGGAAUAUUCAUUCUCACAGCCAAUACAGCUGCUGAAUUAUACACUUGAAGUAGCCAAGCCAGGAAAACUACCCAACGGGAAAACUGAAAUUCCAUUUGAAGUUCCACUGAAACCAAAACCAGGGAAAACUCUAUAUGAAACAUACCAUGGUGUGUUUGUUAACAUACAGGUCAGUGACAUGGUGUGUUUGUUAACAUACAGAUCAGUGACAUACCUAGAGUGAUGUUAAAGGCAGGUUGUCCAAUCUUUGGGGGUAAAGGGCCUCAAUCACUGCUAAAAAGUAGUUCCCAUGCGUUGGACUGGUGAAAUUUAACUUAAGAAAUCAAAACCAUCUCUCCUUCCAAAAUGUACCCAUGUGUUUUUUUUUUAUAACUCACACAACGCACUUAGGACACAUUUUUUCAACAUGCUACCCUCAUCAUUACCUAAUUAAUCUAUAACAGGAAUGAGUGGGGUAAGCACUGUGGUACCUUUGUACCAGAUUCUACAAAUUGCUUGAGGAAGGCUCUUUUUACUUCAUACAUUGUUAGUGUUAGUGUCGACUGUUACAUGUAUGGAUCAUGUUAUUUCUAUCUCCUCUAAGUAUCUUAUGGCAAGUGCAAAAAAAAAAAAAAAAGUGAUUAUUGUUGAGGUACAGAUAUUCUAUUUAAUAUACAUUUAUAAAUAACCUCUUUAACUAUUAAUUGUUAAGUCCUGCAGAAAGGACAUUAUGAGUUCCUACCUAUGUCCUACUUUGUUCCUGAUGAGACGGGUGUCUUAUUGUAUAUGAGUAUAUAUGUUAUGUCGUUGUCUAAAAAAAAAAAGUGAUUAUUGUUGAGGUACAGAUAUUCUAUUUAAUAUACAUUUAUAAAUAACCUCUUUAACUAUUAAUUGUUAAGAAAUGCAUCACAAACAAGAGUAUCUAUCAUAACACCCUGUUAUGGCCAGCGAAUGCAAUGAUGAGCAAUAAGUGGGAGAGUUAAUGAGUCUUGUAAAAUUUUGCUUAGAGUUACUGUUUUAUUGUUUUGCAGCAAGUGCAUUCAUUCAUCAUUAUCAUUAUGUCAUUCAAAAUUGUUUCUUGUUUCCUUCUACUUUAUUUCUUUAAGUAGGUUUAUUUACACUUUAAGGUUAUUGAAUUUAUAAAGGCUUGUAGCUUAAAAAGCUUAUCCUUUACUUUCUCUAUUUUAUUAAACCAUUAUUUUAUCACUCAACUGACUGCAUUAUGUGCAUAUACAAAUAGUUUAUUGAAGUGUCACAGAUAUUUUUGUGGCUUUUGAUUAUUUCUGUUUGAAACUUGUGUUAGUAUUAGCAUGUUAAAACAAAUGCUCCACAUUUAUAUGAACUUCAUGUUCAGUAUAGUAUAGUAUUAAUAGCUAUAGGAAGCAAACACUUUAAAGGUUUAUAAAAAUUUUAAUUUAACAUUCUAAAAAAAAAAUUGUCUCUCUUCCAUAUGUUUCAUUUUCAUACUUUUCAUGCUAAUGGAUGUUUUUUUUAAUUCUACAAUUUAGUAUCUUGUUAGAGUGGAAAUGAAGAGGUCAGUUUUUAAUAAAGACUUACAGAAACAGACAGAGUUUAUCAUAGAAUACAGGGUCAGUUGCAAAGUACCAUACAUUCAUCAUAUACUAUACUGUCUAUACCAAAUUGUAUUUGUCAAUUUAAUACCAAUAUUUUUAAAUGCAAUCAAACAGUUAAAAUACCGUAAUCAAGUUUAAUAUGUUCUCAUUUCGUCAGUAUUACAUGACAUUUUAUGGAAGUGAGUCUCAUUGUUUUCCCCUAUUAACAAGAAUUAUUUCUUUUAUAAUUUUUUUUAAUUGCCCAGAAAACUUAUUCUUUAGACAAAAUUUUUUUGACAAGCCAAAAUAUUUGUUGGGUUUAUUAAAUAAUUUUUUAAAAUUUUAAAUUGUUUUCAGAGUCAAGAAGAAAAAGCUAAAACAAAGUUAGUCAACUUUUCAAUAACACCUGACACUUUAACAAAUGUGAAAGAGGUAAAUAUUAACAAAAUGUUCUUCUAUCUAACAAGUAAUUAUAUUAUAUUAUAUGGAAGAUUACUGAACUUUCUUUAUUUGCAAUUUGUAUUGCCUGAUCUGAACUAAUUUUCAUUAGAAAUCAAUUUGGAGAGAUGCUUUAAAAUAAUAUUUUUAUGUCCAUUUGAAACUUUCAAAUUUUCAUUUUUAGAAACAGAAUGUUCCCAAAUUUAAAGUGAAAGGUCAUAUAGACUCCUCUUGUCUACAGAUAGUGACCCCACUGACAGGAGAGGUUUGUUUCAUUUUUUUAGACUUAAAAAUGUUUAAAAUAUAUUUGGCACUACUAAUUUGUAAUUUUCAAAAAAAAUUAUCAUGCUAUUAAUUUCUGAUUAGAUCUAUGUGAUGGGUUAUAGUUAUAUUUAAUAAUUAUGUAUACAACAGCUUGACAUACUAAACUUUACAACCUUAUGGCCAAAUAUUUGAAAAUGGGUGAAAAAUUCUCUAAGUAUCUACCCUAAGUAGAAAUAUAUAACAAAACUAAAAUUGCUACCAAAUCAUUAGCAAAUCCAUUUUUUUAUAUUCCUUUUAUGUUAUUUUUAGUUAAUUGUUGAGGUAUGUGAAGCACCAAUCAAAUCAAUUGAAAUACAACUGGUCAGGGUGGAGACGUGUGGCUGUGCUGAAGGAUACGCUAAAGAUGGUGAGUGCACUUUAUUACUCCUGCCUUAUGUCCCACUCAGCGCUUCUACUUCAGAUGUUAAAAUUUAGUGGUUAUUCUGUAUGUUUUAUCUACGUAUAUUUUUAAUGUGAUUAUUUAAUUUCAUUUAUUGUGUUUUAUUAAUGUUUAGAUGAGAAUAAAAUCAAAAUGAUUUCAUUCUUUUUUAAAACUUAAAAUCCAAAAAAGGAGAAAUAACCUAUUGCUUAGGCAGAAGUGAUGGUCUGCUUCAAAUUUAUGUUAGGAAGAAAUGUGUUAUGAAGGAGUGGGUUAAACUAAGAACCGGGUAUUUGGAAUUAAAUUUGAAUUAGUUUGAAAAUUGUAAACAUUUUGAGCACUACAUUAAUAUUUAUUUCUGCUGUUUGGCAAAUGAUUUUCAAUGAUGUGUAUAUUCCUCGAUGAAAGAAAUAUUGAUGUACCAAUACAUUAGCCAACACUUUUUGAUGAGAUGGAGAUAUUUUUCAAUACCUGUAACACAAAAGAAUAUCUUGAAAAAGAUGUUUCUUCUUUAAACUUGUUUUUUUACAAGCUGGAAUCAUUUCAGCAGCUGUAACUAAACUGGUCAACUAACUUACUUACGCCUUUCUACCCCGUCUGGGGCAUAGGCCGUCUACAAGAACUUUCCACUAAUCCCGGUCCUGUGCUUUCCUUUCCAAUUGCUUCCAGGUGUAUCCCAUAUUUUGCGAAGUCUGCCUCUAGCUCGCGUCUCCAUGUAUUCUUAGGCCUUCCUCUCUUUGUUUUUCCCUGUGUGUUCCAUGUUAGGCAUUGUCUGGUGGUGCCAUCUGGGGCUAUUGGAGUGUAUGCCCUAUCUACCUCCACCUUUUCUUUAUAUCUUCAUCAAUGGGCACCUGGUAUGUCCUUUCUAGUAGAUCUUUGUUGUUGAUAGUGUUUGGCCAUUUGAUUUUCAGGAUCUUUCUAAGGCAUGUGUUUAUGAAUGUCUUCACUUUCUGCAUAAGGCUCACUGUUGUUUUCCAAGUUUCUGCACCAUAUAAUAGGACUGUUUUGACAUUUGUAUUAAAGAUUCUGACUUUGAUUUGCAGUUUCAGCUCCUUCGACUCCCAUAUUUUCUUUAAUACCACAAAUGCUGAUCUAGCUUUUCCAAUUCUGGCCCUUACGUCCGCAUCAGAUCCGCCAUUUGUGUCUAUGGUGCUGCCUAAGUAAAUUGUUCAAACUACAGCUAUUUUAGCAUGGAGAACCAAUUUUCAAUAUCAUUCCAAGGUGGCAGCUUAUCUUUGUUGCAGCUGUAACUAAACUGGUCAAACUAUAGCUAUUUUUGCAUGGAGAACCAAUUAUAAAUCUCAUUCCAAAUUGGAAGCUUUUUUUUCCCAACGUUAGUUAUGGGGGUGUUUUUUUUUUGUUGCAAUCUUAUAUUUCACUUUAAAUUAAAUUAUUCUGUAUCUGAAUAUGAUUUAUUAUAAGGGUUUAAAUAGUAAUAAAUAUUUUCAACAAGGUCAUGUUAUUUUAUUUCACUAAAGGCAAUUAAAGGAGUGGUAAAAAAAAAAAAAAGCUGCUGAUGGUAAAUUACUCUCUAAUAAAAAUGCAAGCAGUAUUAUUUUACACCAUAUUCUAUUCUCAACAGCAACAGAAAUUCAAAAUAUUCAGAUAGCUGACGGGGAUGUGACAAGGAACUUGGCCAUUCCAAUUUACAUGGUUUUUCCUCGACUUUUUACAUGUCCAUCACUCUCUACUAAUAAUUUUAAAAUUGGUAAGUCUUCAUUUCUGAGGAUUCUUUUAUCACUUUGACUUACUGCCUUUCACCAGCUGUUCAAUUCAACAUGAAGAAAACAAAUAUUCUAAUGUUAUUCCUAUGUCUUUCAUAAUGAUAUAAAUGAGAUUUUGAUGUAGAAAUACAUAUUACCCAACUGAUUAAAUCUAACAUAAAGAAUAUUUCAAACAUUUAUUUUACAGAUUCUUUUCGUAUCUUUCAGAUUUUGAGAUCAACAUUGUGGUUGUUUUUGCUGAUGAUCAUUUAGUAACUGAGAAUUUUCCACUCAAGCUGACGAGGUUUUAGAACUGCAACUCUUCACUGGCAUGUUUUAAAUAAAACAAUUUUUAUACAAAUAGGUGGUGCCAGGAAACAAUUAUGGGUUCAUCAAAAGGGGCAUCCAUCCAAUUUUCUUUAUUCUCCAUUAUAUACUGAUUGGUGAAAUAAGAGCAUAAAUUAGGACAUAGUUUUAUCAUUCUGUUAAAGUCUAUUACCAGCUAAUCGUGUGUAUUAAAUAUGCACUUGGGGACCUACAUGGAGGACACUAUAUUUUAUUGAUUGAUGGUAGCCAAUGCUGAUGCCAGCAUCUCAAAAAAUAUUCUAUGUGCUUGUGAUACUAAUGAAUAGUUUUGAAAGAAAUCUAUAAAUAUUUUGUCCUGAAAGCUACUAGAUUUAAGCCAUGUAGAAAUGAAGUGAAAUAUCAUCAGAGACCUGGUUUGUCUGUAUUUCUAUAUUUAAGUGAGAAUGGAUUGAGUUAUUUUAGUAUAGUUGUUUUUCAAUAGCAGCAUGUGGUAAUUUUAAAUCAAAUUAAUUUGUUUUAAGUUUGUUGUUAUCUAAGUUCAUGUCAAUUGUAAAAUGAUAUUAUAUUAUAUUUUCAAUAUUAUUGAAAAUAAAAAAAUACAUUGAAUUAGAA